UGCAGUAGCAGCAGCUCGAGGGGAGGACGAGGAGACAGCGGUUGUGCCCCUCGCACGACGUCAGUGGCAGUCGUGACCAGCAGCGUUCUGCACCUCCAGUGGCGGGAGCUUCUCUCACUCACGGACAAGCAACAUGGAUGCGGCACGCAGCGGCAUACUGGGGUUUGUAGCGCUUCUGCUACUCUUCUCUAGCGGAGCGGAGUGCCACACCGCGAAGAUCAACGCAGCAACACGCGAGGUUCUCUCCAUUCUCCGCGACCCUGCCAACUACGACAAGGGUGUCAUGGCCGCCAAUGAGAGCGGUCCACUUGACACGGAGCUGCAGCUGUUCUUCAGGGACGUCGACAUUGACGAUGUGGAUAUGCAAAUGACGGUGGACUUGACGUUCCGGAUGAUCUGGAGGGACUCUCGUCUUGUAUAUAAGACGCCAGGCGUGCCCUACGUGACGCUCACUGAGUCUGAGCUCGCGUGGUUCCCCGACCCCUUCUUCAAGAACGCGAUCAGCACCCAGCAGCAGCAGACGAUGAUACCGCAGAGCUACCUCAGGGUCUACAGCGACGGGCGUCUCGUGUACAGCACGCGUAUGAUCGUGCUGCUCUCCUGUGACAUGGACUUCUCACGCUUUCCUCACGACGUGCAGCAUUGCAGCAUCCCCAUCGCCAGCUACGGGUACACGAUCGAGGACCUUAUCUUCCAUUUCAAGGACACAUCGGUGACGAUGACCAACGGCAGUAUUCAAUCCAGGAACUUCUACAUCGACCGCUUCGUCACCGACUCCUGCAACUCUAAGACCAGCACUGGCGUGUACAGCUGCGUGAAGGUAGAGCUGCGCAUCAACAGGCAGGUGACGAGCUACAUCCUGGAGUGGUACAUACCAUGCGUGUUCCUGGUUGUCGUGGCCGGCAUGAGUGAGCUGGUGGUGGCCGCUGAGUUCCUCACGAGAGUCUUGCUUACCCUCGUGCCACUCAUCACCCUCGCAAUGUACGCGAGUGUCUAUGCUCUCCUCACUACCCCCUCCGUGCCCUUCUUCAGGCCACUCGACAUCUUCUCAGGUUUUUCUCUGCUGGUGAUUUUCCUUCAGUUGCUGAGGGUCGUCAUUCUUCACUACUACGCCCAGAGGAAGCUCAAGGAGGAGCGGGGCGAGCUUCUGCCACGUCACCCACGCGACGACUUCCUCGAGACAAUCAUCGUCAACGCCGACAACAUCGCCAAGUUCACGCUGCUCGCCUUCUACAUCCUCUUUGUGUUCGUCUACAUCGUCGCCUACUCCACCUGAGCCACGUCACUCAACCUGUUAUAACUUCGUUCUACUUCUCCUCUCAUACACUUCUAAUUCCCAUUAACAUAUUUUAAUAAUUUUGAUCUUUCCUUGGAAUUGAUAAUUACAUUUGAUCUUUCAUUUUAAUUGAUUUGCUGCUUCCUUUCCUACUCCCGCGCGCGUUUAUUUUACGUGCUUCAGCCUCAUGAUCUCCAAUGAAAUCCUCCCUUUUAUCCCUUUAUGAUCAAUUCCCCAUAAUGUUCUUAUCAAGUUCAUAUAUUUUAUAGCAAGUAGCCUAAUUGCGUGUUGCCUGAAAAAUUCCCUUGUCGAAUAUUGUUCUCAGUUUGAUCAUACAGCAUUGCGACCUGUGAACAGGUCAUGAUUCGAACGAAUUUAAUUUUCAGAAUAUUUUAACACGAUACGAUUUUAGUGCCAUUACUUUGCCACUUCAGUAUAUGAUACCGCAUUCAACAUUUUUUAGUAAUGCGCAAGUGUUAUUCUCAUAUUUGGAAGUAGAUACAACUAAAUUUAUAUAAUUCAGUCGUCAUAUGAUCCAGAAAUGAUCAUUAGAGUUAAGAAUGUUUUUCAAGUUUUAAAAAAUAUACUUCCAAAUGUUAAAGUUUUAAAACCUUUUAUUGAAAAUUAAAGUGCAAAGCCCAAAACCUAAUAGAAAGGGGAACAAAAAGUGCGUUAAAAUGCACGCAUAUAUAAACGUAAUAGAUUAUACAGCUGAUAAUAUCGGCUUAGACAAACUAAUGAUUAAAUGUAUCGGUUAGCGAGUCAGAAAUAUUAUUUUUAAGAGUUGAUAAAGACAUAUGUGCUCUAUUUUUUUUAUUUGCGGUUUCAAGCGCUCUUUCAAUUAAGGAAAACAAAAAUAUUGAUUGUAUUAGGCUCCUAAUUACGACUCCAAUGUUAAGCGAUCGAGUGCGGCGUGAGCAAGCAGAUCUUGUGCGAAGAUGUAACGUGAUGCGGUACAUGGGGGCAUUUGUUAAGAUAAUAUUUUUUUAGCCUGAAUACAUAAAUUAUCAUCCGAAUGAUAUGUAUAAUGUAUCGAUGAUUAUAAUAGCGUUCUCAUAUUACAAGCGUAAACAUGCGAUCGUAUGAGCUAUAUUAUAAUAGUGAAGUAGAACAACUCGAUAAUAUUAUUGCAGUCAAACAUAUGUAGCCUCUCAAAACCGAGUCUUAUAUAACUUAUUUCAAAACUACUCGUAGUUCCAUACAAUCAUUAGGAUUCUCUUUUCUUUUCAUUGAACUCAGCGAAACAAGUCCCCAAACUUUAGUCUGGAAUAUGAGUACUCGGAACCAUUAUACAU